CCCCAGCGAAGGGGCUGUGAGCGCUGCGGUCAUUCCUGCCCUGGCUGUACCUCCACCUCGUGUAGACAAGCCCUGAGAGUCUCUCCGGAGGUGACUGGCUUCGAGCUCCGUGGUCGGAAACCAACCAUCCAGUCAUCUGCAGAGCGCCCGAGACAGGACAAUGGAGGCCGCCAGCCUGCCAAAUGAAGGCCAGUUUGCCCCAGGCUCCUUCCUGGAGAAGCUGAAUUCCCUGGUGAAAGGAAUCGGCUGCCCCAAUCCCGAUGUGGGGAGGGCCCCGCACAAAGCCUUUGACAAGAGAUGGGCGAGUCUGCCAAAUCCAGCCCCUCCCCCUGCCAAGGUGCCAGUGACCGCAUCCCCUCCAUCAUCUUGCUCCAACGGACUCCCUACUGUUGUACCGCUGCCUGUGAGCGCUCAGCGAGAGCCUGUCACCAAACCGAUCGCUGAGGCGAGCGUCUCGUCGGCUCGGGGAAGCAGGACAGCCGCCCGCCCCCCACUUGCUCCCGCAGCUCCGCGCCAGGCCUUCAGCGUGGCCCAGGAACCAUCUCUCCGGGCGGCUCUGGAGCUCCAGGGCGGCACCAGCAGCCUCGACGAGCAGGCCCAGCAGCUGGAUGCGGAGAUCAACGAGCUGAUCCAGCAGUGGGAGCUCAGGCCCGAGGAUGAGGAGUUGGAGGACACGGCCUCUUCCGUGCUGCUGAAGAGUAAAUGGUGCCAGGGUGACCCCAUGGACCUGGACGACGAGUUCAUCUGGGAGGACCCUGCCUACGACGCAGACAGGGUGGAGAGCAAGGCUCUGGAAGCAGAUGAUGUAAAGGGCCAGGCCGGCAGCCCAGCAGUGCCACCUUCCUCGCCCUCCUCCCCUGCCCAGUCCUCAGAGGAUGUCCCGGACAGCCAGGGGGGCUAUUCCCUGAGACCCAGGGGCCCUGCAGAGGAGCGUUCAGCAGAGGAGGAGGAGGGAGACUCCCCUGGUGGCUCCACGGAGGAGAGCUCAGCAGAGGGGGAGGAGGAAGAUGCUGAGCCCCCUCCGCAGCGGCAGAGGAAGCGGGGUCCCCAGGGAGGGACGGCUCCGCGUGUCUACCCAUGCCCCACCUGCGGCCAGAAGUUCGCCAACAGCAGCAACAUGCGGAAGCACCUGCGGAUCCACACGCGGGAGGCGCUGUACUCGUGCCAUGCCUGUGGCAAGUCCUUCACCGACUCCUCCAACCUGGCCAAGCACCAGCGCGUGCACAGCGGGGGCCGGGAACGCCCCUUCAGCUGCUCCAAGUGCCCCAAGGUCUUCGCCUCGGCCCCCGAUCUGCAGGAGCACCUGCGGCGCCAUGAGGGCAUCCGGCCCUUCCCCUGCAUGGACUGCAAGCGCAGCUUUGUGUCGCAGGCAGAGCUGCUGGCGCACAUCCGCAGCCACGUGGGGCAGCCCCAGACCCUGGCCCCCAAGCCCUUGCUGCGCUGCGAGGACUGCGACAAGAGCUUCGCCGGCCCCAUGCUGCUGCGCCUGCACCAGCGUCGCCACAAGGCCUUUGUGUGCGACGAGUGCGGCGCUGUCUUCACCCUCGAGUUCAAGCUGCUCUUCCACAAGAGCUUGCACAGGGGGCCGCAGACCUGCGUGCGCUGUGGGGUGCAGUACACGGGAGGGCACUUCUGCCGGGCCCAGGCCCGGGCCCAGCCCCAGCCCCAGGCCUCCCGGCCGGCACAAAACAACACCAGGAGUCCAGGGACCGCGUCACUCAUGGUCAGAGUCCCUGACUCUGUCUCGACAGCAGGAUCCGCCCUGGCCAGGCCCCCAGCCCCACUAGCAGCCAGGUCCCCAAGCUCUGCCCCAGCUGGCCCCCCAGGCUCUGCCCCGGCCAGGCCCUCAGCCCCACUAGCGGCCGGGCCCCCAGGCUCCGCCCUAACCAGGCCCGCAGCCCUGGCCCCACUAGCAACUGGGCCCCCAGGCUGUGCCCAAGCUGGGCCCCUAGCCCCACUAGCAACUGGGCCCCGAGGCUCUGCCCCAGCCAGGCCCCCAGCCCCAAUAGCCGCCAGGGCCCCAAGCUCCAUCCCAGCCAGGCCCCCAGCCCAAGUAGCAGUGAGGCCCCACAGCUCAACCUCAGUCUCAGGCCCUGGCCUCUGUCUCAGUCCCCACAGCUCAACUACACCGAUGGCCCUGGCCCCUGUCUCAGUCCCCUUGACCAUCCCUCCCUCAGACCCAGUCACAGGAGUGAUAAGUAACGGUCUGAUCCUACUGAACCCAGCAACCUUGCCUCCGGGCACCAAGAUCAUCCUUCAGAUCCCACCCCAGAUGGUCGUGCCCCCCAGGGCCACAGGCACGAGAGCCGGGAGUACCCACGCACAUACUCUGCAAGGACCUGUGCCCGGAAGGAUGCGAGUGCUGCGCCCAGCCCCAGCCAAAGCUCAGGGGCCAGCAGGAGGACAGCACGGUGAGCUCACCAGCAGCAGGACGGCAGCAGAGAAGGGGAACGAGGCACAGCCCCUGCCAGUGGCAGCCCCAUCCCAGCCCCUGCAGCCCGCCCCACCAUCAGCCCCCCUGCAGACCUCCCCUCCCUCAGGCCCACCACCCCCUUCAGCCCCUCCACAGCUGCCAGGCCCCUCCAAGGAGCUCUGGGCUGAGCAGGGAGCGUGGCACAAACCCUACAACUUCCGGCAUUCCCAGCCCCAGGUGACAUACACGGAGCAGGGAGCAGGGGAGGGCAGCGACCCCGGGGGAAGCUCUGGGGAGGACUGGGCAGGAGAGAGCGGGGACGAAGAGGACGAGGAGCUGGAGCCUGUCCCCCAGGGGAAGAGGCGAGGCCGCCCCCCCAUGAAGCAAGGCCAAGGCCAGCCCCCCAAGAAGCGGAGGCGAGGCCAGCCCCCCCUGGGCCCCUACAUCUGUGGGGUCUGUGCCAAGCGCUUUGUGUACCAGAGGUCACUGAAACACCACAUGCGGCUCCGCAGGCACCAUCCCUCCUGCCACCAGUGCCAUGCCACCUUCAGCGAUCUCCCCAGGCUGCAGCUCCAUCUGCUCAGCCACCGGGGGGAGGGCAUGGCAUGAGCGGGCAUGGGUGAGGCUCAGAGCACACCACUGCUGUGCCUACCCCCCAACCCCUGUGGGGGCCCUCAGUGCAAACACCCCCUUGCUCUGCUCCUGCAGCCCCACCCCAUUGCAGAGCAGGCAGUUGUGUUGGGGUGUUUGGACUGAGCUGUCUGACCAUCCUGGGAGAAACUACACCCAGACGUCUCUUCUCUGGCCUGGCCUUCCACGUGCCACUCUGCCCUGGCACCCAUGGUGUCCUCAGGUCCUCCACCCCUUGGAUUCCCCUGUGUCACAGGGGGCAGGGCAGGGCCUCUUCUCACCUGAAAUGCUGCUGCCCUCUCAGUUACUCCGCAUAAAAAGCUGCCCUGAGGCUCGCUGGGGGCUGCGUGUGCUUUGUGUGUUAGGGGUGGGGACCAGUGACUUGUUUUUUCAUGUCCCCCACUGCAUGGCCAAGCUUGGACACAAGAGUGGAAAGGCCCCUGCCCUGCCCCUCUGCCUUAAGGGGUCAGGUGGAGCAAGACACA